AUGGCUCCUCCCGCCUUGAGGAGCCUCCUCAUCGGGGCUCUGGCAUGUUUUCCUGCUCUGGCUUCGGCACAGCGAAACUACUCCACGGCCGACAUGCUGCGUACACAGCUGACCCUUCUCGAUGGUCGGCCCUCUGAUUGCCCGCCUUGCUUCAACUGUCUCCUCCCUGCCCACAAGUGCACCCAGUUCGCCGGCUGCAACGACUUUACCGGCAAAUGCAACUGCCCCGAGGGCUUCGGCGGCGAUGACUGCCUUGAUCCAUUAUGCGGCUCUCUAUCCCGCGGCGACAACACCGACAGGCCUCGACGGACUGGCGACUCUUGCGAAUGCGACGACGGCUGGACCGGCAUCAACUGCAAUGUCUGCACCAGUAACCAGGCCUGUGACGCCCUUAUGGAGACCAAGGAGGGCGGUGUUUGCUACCAGAAUGGCGAGGUUAUCAACCACAACUACCAGAUCUGCGAUGUAACCAACAAGAAAAUCACCGACCUCCUUGGCAAGCAGCGCCCUCAGGUUACCUUUACCUGCAAGAAGGAGGAGGGCAACUGUGAUUUCCAAUUCUGGGUCGACGAACGCGAGUCCUUCUACUGCCACUUGAACGAUUGCUCGUCUACGGCCGAUAUCAACGAAAGCCAGAACAGCACGGACUACAAGUGCAACAAGAUCGAGUGCAACUGCAUUUCUGAUCGCAUGCUUUGCGGCGAGAACGGCUCCGUCGACAUCAGCGACUUCUUGGUUGAAGAAAUCAAGGGCCCCGCCGAGUUCCAGUGCCUACAGAAGAACGGAGGCAUCAACAACUGCGCUUUCAGGGAGCCCGCCAUGGACGACCUGAUCCUGUCCUUGAUCGGAGACAGCAGCAUUCAGCUGAGUUGCCGCUCUGGAGAGUGUCUCUACCACACCCAAGUCCCCGGUUACGAACGGCCCGUCAAGAAGAUCAACACUCCGCUAAUUGCCAGUGUCAUCGCCGCAUGCUCCUUGUUUGUUGUCGCCGUGAUCUUGAUCACUUGGUAUCUUUCUCGCCGAAAGUUCAAGUAUGGCGCUAUCGUGCUGGACGACUCUGAUGACGAAAGCCUGAAGCUCAUGGCUGACCACAAGCCCGCCUCUCUCUACUUCGAGAACGUUGCUUACCAUCUCAACGGAAAGAGGAUCCUGAACAACAUCCAGGGUAUGGCUCAUCCCGGAGAGGUCACUGCCAUCAUGGGCGCCUCUGGAGCUGGCAAGACCACGUUCCUCGAUAUCUUGGCCCGGAAGAACAAGCGUGGACAGGUCUCUGGUGACUUCUACGUCAAUGGCGAAAAGGUCACCGACACGGAUUACAAGAAUGUUAUUGGAUUCGUCGACCAGGAAGACACCAUGCUGCCUACUUUGACAGUUCACGAGACAAUCCUGACGAGCGCCCUCCUCCGCUUGCCCCGUAACAUGGGUCGUACUGCCAAGGAACAACGGGUGUUCGAAGUCGAGAAGCAGCUUGGUAUCUACCACAUUCGCGAUUCGCUCAUUGGCUCCGAGGAAGGCAAGGGCCGUGGUAUUUCUGGCGGAGAGAAGCGCCGAGUUGGCAUCGCCUGUGAACUCGUCACGAGUCCCUCUAUCCUGUUCCUGGACGAGCCCACCAGCGGCUUGGACGCCUACAACGCCUUCAACGUCAUUGAGUGUCUGGUUACCUUGGCCAAGAACUACAAGCGUACCGUUGUCUUCACGAUCCAUCAGCCUCGAUCGAAUAUUGUGGCUCUCUUCGACAGACUGAUAUUGCUGGCGCGAGGCAGCGCGGUGUACUCGGGUCCUUUUUCUCAAUGUCAGGGGUAUUUUGACCACAUCGGUUAUUCGUGCCCCCCCGGUUUCAACAUUGCCGACUAUCUCGUUGACCUUACCAUGCACGCGGGAUCCACUGUCUCUGAAGACGACGGUGCCCUGAACGCCGACGUUGCCAGCCUGCGCCCGAGCAGCACCACUGCUGUCAAGUCUAUCCCAAGCAUAUCUGGCGGAUCUAUCAAUGAAGAUAGCGGGGUCGAGUCUUCUUCUUCGCGUCCCAAGAACAAGCGCCGAGAUUCAGUCAAGAUCCGCCAAGAGCGCGAGCUCUUUACCCGCCGCAAAAACAACGCCGAUACGGCCGCUUCCUCGGAUGCUGGUGGAGAGGACACCGGAUCCUACAAGCUACAGAACCAGCCUGGCUUUGUGCCGUCUCUCAAUGUCGAGGACCCCCAUGACCUUCCCCCUUCGGCUUAUGUCGGAACUGAUUUGGAUAUUCUGAUCCGUUCCUUUGCCGAGUCCGACAUUGCGGGCUCCACGCACGAUGAGAUCCAACAAUCCAUCGCCGCUGCUGAGGGCGCCAACGGACAGAACGCCAACGGAUACACCCCAGAGGGACCCAACAUCCACAUUAGCGCCAUCGGCAAGGGUUAUGCUCGCGUGGGCUACACCCGUCAGUUCGUCAUCCUGUCCCAGCGAACAUGGAAGAACCUGUACAGGAACCCUAUUCUCAUGUUGACUCACUACGCCAUUGCUAUCCUCCUUGCAGUCCUAUCGGGCUACCUGUUUUACGGACUGACCGACGACAUUCCGGGUUUCCAGAACCGUCUGGGUUUGUUCUUUUUCCUGUUGGCCUUAUUCGGGUUCAGUACUUUGACCAGCUUGACCGUCUUCGCGACCGAGAGGCUCCUGUUCGUUAGAGAGCGCGCCAAUGGUUACUACUCGCCCAUCACCUACUUUGCGGCCAAGAUCCUGUUCGACAUAAUCCCGCUGCGAAUCAUCCCACCCAUUCUGAUGGGCGCCAUCAUUUACCCCAUGACCGGCUUGGUUCCCGAUGCUGGCCACUUUUUCAAGUUCAUCCUUGUCCUAGUCCUGUUCAACUUCGCCGCUGCUGCAAUCUGCCUCUUCAUCGGCAUCGUUUGCAAGGACGGUGGAGUGGCCAACCUGAUCGGCAGCUUAGUCAUGCUAUUCAGCUUGCUCUUUGCUGGUCUGCUUCUCAACCACAACGCCAUCCCGAAAGCCGCUCUUUGGCUACAGACUCUCUCCAUUUUCCAUUACGGCUUUGAGUCGCUCAUCGUCAACGAGGUGCUGCAACUCACCCUCGUCGACAAGAAGUACGGCCUAGACAUUACUGUCCCAGGAGCCGCCAUCUUGAGCUCUUUUGGUUUCAACAAUGACGCCCUCUGGACCGAUGUCAUCAACCUCGGUAUCUUUGGUGUUGUAUUUAUCAUCCUAGCUUACGGCGCUAUGCACUUCCUUCUCGUCGAGAAGAGAUGA